AACCCCUGAACCACCGAGGUCCCCACAGCCCCUCUGCUCUGCUCUCUUCAACCAGACUUCUGUAUUUCACGGUGGAAGAAGACUAAAAAUGGUGUUUCCAAUGUGGACAUUGAAGAGACAGUUCUUUAUCCUUUUGAACAUAAUCCUGAUUUCCAAACUCCUUGGAGCCAGAUGGUUUCCUAAAACUCUGCCCUGUGAUGUCAGCCUGGAUGCUCCGAAGGCCCAUGUGAUUGUGGACUGCACGGACAAGCACCUGACGGAAAUCCCGGGAGGUAUUCCCUCCAACGCCACCAACCUCACCCUCACCAUUAACCACAUACCCGGCAUCUCUCCAGCCUCCUUCCACCAGCUGGACUAUCUGGUAGAGAUCGAUUUCCGAUGCAACUGUAUACCUGUUCGACUGGGGCCGAAAGACCAUCUGUGCACCAGGAGGCCACAGAUUAAACCCAGAAGCUUUAGCAGCCUCACUUAUUUGAAAUCCCUUUAUCUGGAUGGAAACCAGCUUCUAGAAAUACCCGAGGGUCUUCCUCCCAGCUUGGAGCUGCUGAGCCUCGAAGCCAACAGUAUCUUCUCUAUCAUGAAAAAUAACCUAACAGAACUGACCAACAUAGAAAGGCUCUACUUGGGCCAAAACUGUUAUUUUCGCAAUCCUUGUAAUGUUUCAUUUUUCAUCGAAAAAGAUGCUUUCCUAAGUCUGAAAAAUCUAAAAUUGCUCUCCCUCAAAGAUAACAACAUCACGUAUGUCCCUACUACUUUGCCGUCUACUUUAACAGAACUCUACCUUUAUAACAACGCCAUUGCAAAAAUCCAAGAAGAUGAUUUUAAUAACCUCAAUCAACUGCGCAUCCUCGACCUAAGUGGAAAUUGCCCUCGUUGUUACAAUGUCCCAUUUCCUUGCACACCCUGUGAAAAUAAUUCGCCCCUACAGAUCCAUGAGUCAGCUUUCGAUGCAUUGACAGAAUUACAGGUGUUACGUCUACACAGUAACUCUCUUCAGCGUGUGCCCCAGAGAUGGUUUAAAAACAUUAAAAAGCUCAAGGAGCUCGAUCUGUCCCAAAACUUCUUGGCCAAAGAAAUUGGGGAUGCCAAAUUUUUGUAUCUUCUUCACGACCUUGUCCAACUGGAUCUAUCUUUCAAUUAUGAACUUCAGGUCUAUCGUGCAGCUCUGAAUCUGUCCGACGCGUUUUCUUCACUGAAAAACCUGAAAGUGUUGCGCAUCAAAGGAUACGUCUUUAAGGAGCUGAGCAGCCAUCAUCUCUCUCCGUUACAGAGCCUUACCAAUCUCGAAGUUCUUGAUCUCGGCACUAACUUCAUAAAAAUUGCGGACCUCAGCAUAUUUGAACAAUUUAAAACACUGAAAGUCAUAGACCUUUCGAUGAAUAAGAUAUCCCCUUCAGGAGAUUCAGGUGAAGUUGGCUUCUGCUCUAGCACCAGAACCUCUGUCGAAGGUCAUGCGCCUCAGGUCCUUGAGACAUUACAUUAUUUCAGAUAUGACGAGUAUGCAAGGAGUUGCAGGUUCAAAAACAAAGAGACUCCUUCUUUCUUGCCUUUUAACAAAGAUUGUUACAUGUAUGGGCAGACCCUGGACCUAAGUAGAAACAACAUCUUUUUUAUCAAGUCCUCUGAUUUUCAGCAUCUUUCUUUCCUCAAAUGCCUAAAUUUGUCAGGAAAUACCAUUGGCCAAACUCUCAAUGGCAGUGAAUUUCAGCCACUAGUGGAGCUGAAAUACUUGGACUUCUCUAACAACCGGCUUGAUUUACUCUACUCGACGGCAUUUGAGGAGCUACGCAAACUGGAAGUUCUAGAUAUUAGCAGUAACAGCCAUUACUUUCAAUCAGAAGGAAUCACUCACAUGCUAAACUUCACCAAGAACCUAAAAGUUCUGAAGAAACUGAUGAUGAACAACAAUGACAUCGCUACGUCCACCAGCAGGACCAUGGAGAGCGAGUCUCUUAAAAUUCUGGAAUUCAGAGGAAAUCAUUUGGAUGUUUUAUGGAGAGAUGGUGAUAACAGAUACUUAAAGUUCUUCAAGAAUCUGCUGAACUUAGAGGAAUUAGACAUCUCUGAAAAUUCCCUGAGCUUCUUGCCUUCUGGAGUGUUUGAUGGCAUGCCUCCGAAUCUAAAGACUCUCUCCUUGGUCAAAAAUGGGCUCAAGUCCUUUCACUGGGAAAGACUCCAGUAUCUGAAGAAUCUAGAGACUUUGGACCUCAGCUACAAUGAGCUGAAGAUUGUCCCUGAGAGAUUAUACAACUGUUCCAGAAGCCUCAAGAAGCUGAUUCUUAAGUAUAAUCAAAUCAGGCAGCUGACAAAGCAUUUUCUACAAGAUGCUUUCCAGUUGCGAUAUCUGGACCUCAGCUCAAAUAAAAUCCAGAUUAUCCAGAAGACUAGCUUUCCAGAAAAUGUCCUCAACAACCUGGAGAUGUUACUUUUGCAUCAUAACCGGUUUCUGUGCACCUGUGAUGCUGUGUGGUUUGUCUGGUGGGUCAACCACACAGAGGUGACUAUUCCUUACUUGGCCACAGAUGUGACUUGUGUGGGGCCAGGAGCACACAAGGGCCAGAGUGUGGUCUCCCUGGAUCUGUAUACCUGUGAGUUAGAUCUGACUAACCUGGUUCUGUUCUCAUUUUCCCUAUCGCUGGCCCUUUUUCUGAUGGUGAUUACAACAGCAAACCACCUCUACUUCUGGGACGUGUGGUACAGUUACCAUUACUGUAAGGCCAAAAUAAAGGGGUAUCGGCGUCUGAAAUCACUGGACUCUUGCUAUGAUGCUUUCGUUGUGUAUGACACUAAAGACCCAGCAGUGACCGAAUGGGUUUUGGAUGAGCUGGUGGCCAAGCUGGAAGACCCAAGGGAGAAACAUUUCAAUUUAUGUCUUGAGGAAAGGGAUUGGUUACCAGGGCAGCCAGUUCUGGAAAACCUUUCCCAGAGCAUACAGCUUAGCAAAAAGACGGUGUUUGUGAUGACGAACAAGUAUGCAAAGACCGAGAACUUUAAGAUAGCAUUUUACUUGUCCCAUCAGAGGCUCAUGGAUGAAAAAGUGGACGUCAUUAUCUUGAUAUUCCUUGAGAAGCCCCUUCAGAAAUCCAAGUUCCUCCAGCUCCGCAAGAGGCUCUGUAAGAGUUCUGUCCUGGAGUGGCCAAGAAACCCACAGGCUCACCCAUACUUCUGGCAGUGUCUGAAAAAUGCCCUGGCCACAGACAAUCAUGUGACCUAUAGCCAGGUGUUCAAAGAGACGGUCUAGGCCUUCUUUGCAAAAUGGGGCUGCCUGACUCACCAAGGAGAAGCUUGGCUGCCUAGAUUUUCUCUUCGAUGUCUCACUAGAAGGGUGUUCGUAAAUUCUCUAAGACCCGGGAUGGCCCAUAGCAGAGAGGCUGGUGGAAGUUGGAAAAUGGAAUUUAUAUGAUACAUCGAGUCAUCUUACUUAUCUCUCUGUGACUCCAUUUGCACUGGAGCCUCUCCUUUCUGUUCCUGGAUAGAUGCUAUUGGGAGGACGGCGGCAAGGAGAGGACACGAGGCUCUGACUCUCCUGUAAUUCUCUAGUGAUUAUUAAAUAGACGUGCAAUCACAGACUACUGAGAAGAAUUGCACUUCUUCCCGAAGAAGAACUACUGGUAUGUGUCAAAAACGCUCGGGGCCUGCGUACAGGACAUUAAAAUGUAGCAGAGUUUGUGAAAUGAAAACCCAGUCAACUCGUCACCUGAUGGCUUCUGUAUCAUCCAGCGCCCCUUUCUGUGCAGACCCAGAGCUGGCUCCCCACGGAGGAUUGCCUACGUGCCACUGUCUCUUUGCCCUUGGGCCUGUUGCUGGGUCCCUGGUGGAAAUAGUGAGAAACACCCUUACCACUGGUGGGCUUGGCCUACUUACAAAUGGAAAAAAAUUGAAGUUGAUCUGCCUUUAUACAAAUGAGGCUCUUUACCUUUGAUGAUAAUUCACCUGCUCAAGUAUUGUUACGGACUGAACGUCUGUUCCCUCCCAAAUUCAGAUGUUGAAGUGCCAACUCCCAGUGGGAUGGUGUCAGGAGGUGGCCUUUGGGGGGGUGAUCAGGCCACGAGGGUGGAGCCUGCAGGAAUGGGAUCAGUGCUUUAUCAGAAGAUAGCAGAGGGACGCCAGGGUGGCUCAGGGGUUGAGCAUCUGCCUUUGGCCCAGGGCGUGAUCCCGGGGUCCCAGGAUGGAGUCCUGCUUCGGGCUCCCCGCAGGGAGCCCGCCUCUCCCUCUGCCCGUGUCUCUGCCUCUCUCUGUGUCUCUCAUGAACAAAUAAAUA